CAUUGACAUUUUAUUAUUUUGAUCAACAUCAACAAGCCAUUUGAACUGUGAUUGAAUUACAUUUGCAGCAAUUUUUGCCUGAUUUUCGUUGUUAAGAAGCUUAAACCAGUGAAAUUAUCUGCAUUUUAAAUAUGGAUACUGAUGAAGGCAAAGACUCUGCAGUUAUAAAUGACAAAAUAAAUCCAACAGAAUUUGACGUAACCAUGCAUGCAUUAUUAGUAGGUUUAGAAGCGGAAAAAUACGUCGAUAUAUUCAGAAAAAACAACAUUGGACAAUGUACGCUCAUGGAAUUAACCGAUGAAGAUUUGACAAAGUUAGGGGUUGAUGAACCAAGCAUUCGACAAAAACUUCUUGAGGAAGUUAAAAAUUUACCUAUCUACGAUGAAUGUAAUUGUAAUGUAAAAUUAAUACCAAAUUUAGGAGCAAUAGAAAUUGUGGAUAUCUUAGAAGAAAGUUCUCAACAUUUAUAUAGAGUUCAUUUAAGUGUGCUAGCAAAUACAUUGGCUGUUAAGAAAACUAAAAAGAUUUCAGAUUGUAUAUUAUAUAAAGAUAAAUAUGCAUCAGACAUAGCAAUUGCUACACUAAGCGAAAUAACUACUAUUUUAAAUUCUAUGGAUGUUGCACUACAUACUCAUUUUAAGACACUAAACCAAGAAAUAAGUAAAUCGAGGAAUAAGAAGAUUCUUGUUGGAGCUAUAGGGAGUGCAGUUAUCGCUGUGUUGACGGCUUUAUUUGUGAAAUCAAUAAAAGAUCUCAAUUAGGUGUAUUAAUUUAAUGUGUAACUGAUUCAUGAUCUUCCUAACGCACCUGGACAUCAUUUAAUAUGUUAUCUAAGACUGAAUUUGUUAAUUAUCUAUAUAGAAACCCUAAAACCGAAGAAAUAUAAUUUUGUUAAAGAUA